UUCUCUGUGGCAAAGAUUAAACCUGCUUUCUCUUCAGGCAUGAUUUACAACGAUGUUUAGUUUUAUUUUAGUCUUGUGUAACUGUUGGUUUUGCAGCCAACUGAAGUAACUUUGACGCGACCGUACAUCCCCUUUCUCUUUCUUCCGUCUCUCACCCUAGAGGUGGGUUCUCAAAAAAGAUUGCACGCUCAGACCAUUAGACGUCCGUUGGUGAGACACUUCUUGUCCUGAGGUUAGUUAUCUAAAACACUCUUUAUAUAUGUUGUGUAUACGUGUGUGUUGCUCUAAUAGAUUUGUGAUUUAGAUUGUUUUAUUUGAACUUUAUUAGAAACAGAAAGCUGCUGACAACUUUUCCAACUGUUUUUAUGUCCUUUUAUUAAAAGACACCCAUCAUUGCUGCACAUGGUGGAAACAGGAGAGCUGAUGAUUGAUUACCACUUACUCAAGUUAUUAUAAAUGAUUCAUAAAUGUGUUUUUAAACUACACACUGGUUCUGAUUGCAGACUCGUCAUGUCUCUCAUUCUGGUGACAUCUACGUUGUUCCUGAGGUUCCUCUUUGUGUCCGGUAGCCCACAUUGUGCUGCUAACGAAGCAAAGCUCUUCAUUACUACUUCAAAGACCUUGAAGGCCACGAGUGGAUCUUGUUUAAUAAUCCCGUGUCACUUCAAAGGUGAAGAAGGGGUCCACCUCUCAGGGAUCACCUUUGGAGUGUGGAUCAAAGACAAUCCCAAAUUCACGGACUACCCAGAAAAUGUGGUUUUCAACAGCAGUGGGUCAGUGAGAGACUAUCCGAUGGAAAUGACUGGAAAUCUGAGCCAAAACAACUGCACCACCAUGUUCUUCAAUUUAACCAAAGAUCACUCAAAAGAUAUCUUCUUCAGAGUUGAGAAUGCAACAUUCAAGGCGACGGCUUGUAGUAAUCCUGUUAAAAUCAAGGUCAAAGAUUCUCCUUGGAGACCCAGGAUUACCACCUCAGGAGGUCUGGAGGAGCUGAAGGAGAAGGAGUCUGUCUCUAUAACCUGCUCAGCUCCGACUCCCUGUCCACUCUCACCUCCUGAACUCACCUGGAAUCUCCAACCAGACUCUGGCAGACAAACACAGAAGAACCCAGAUGAAACCUCUACAACUAAAAUCCAGGAGAACGUGACUCUGUCAGACACACAUGAUGGAUACAACAUCACAUGCUCUGUCUCAUACCCUGUGGAUGGAGGAAAACGUCUGAAAACAACAGAGACAGUGACUCUUCAUGUUUCCUAUGCCCCUAAAGACACCUCAGCAUCCAUCAGUCCAUCAGGUUUGGUGUCAGCAGGUAGCUGGGUGACGCUGAGCUGCUCCAGUUUAGCCAAGCCUCCCGUCAGCAGCUUCAGCUGGUUCAGGAUCAGCUCAGAGGGACCCGUUCAAGUAUCUGAGGAGCAGCUUUACAGCUUCGACGUCUCUGAGGGAGGAGAGUUUUACUGUGUGGCUGCAAACGUUCUGGGGAAUCAGACGUCAUCAAGGAUCAAACUAAGAGUUGGAGGACAUUUUUCAUCAUCGGGAGCUUUUGUUGGAGGAAUUGUUGGGAUCAUCUUAUUCAUCUGUGCAGUUAUUGUCUUUAGGUAAGUAUAAAUGUCCCAGCACCACUUGUCUCCUUGGUGUGUGUGAGGUGUGUUUAUGGCAGCACAGCGGCCUGAGGUCUGAAUUGAACCCCAGGUAGUUUCACAGCAACCCAACACCUACAGGUACGUGAUAAAAACAUCUGACCUGUGGACCAGGACAACAAAGACCCUCAUGAGGAAGGGUCAGGGUUUCUGAUUGUUAACAAGCUUUAUUAAGCAAGGUCCCAAAACAGUUUAAAAAAAAAAUAAAAACCUAUAGAAACAUGUGAGUCCCAUUAGAAAUGCAGGAGGGUUGUUGUUUAGUUAUUUAUUUUUGCAUUUUUCCGUUUGAAUUAAGACAACUUCAACGAUUUAAGUAAAAAACAGUUUAAUGAAGACUUUUUAGCUUAAUUUCUUGAGAGAUCUGUUGGUAAAUAUUUGUGUCAUUAUUUGGAUGGACCCUUGCUGCAUCACCUUAAGGUUUCUGAAGAGCUGAAUUAAAGUCCACGAGUAACCAGUAAGUGUAGUUGACAAAACAAGCAAGACACACUCGCCAUGGUGACUCCGUCUCUGGUUUAGAGGUCUUUCACACCAUCUACGAUAUCGCUGCUGUCUUUUUUUUCUGUCCUGAUCUCAGAGUUAACCAGUUAGUGAUCUCUUUUAUUGACGCCAGGUUUGUUUUGGUUGUACCCACAAACCUGGCUCUCUAUCCAGCCUGAGUUCUCUAAUGCUACGUGCAGUGCAGUGCUGUGCACCAGCAAGUAUGUGAACAAAAACGCAGCCUGCUGCCUGCACCAACAUGAGGUUAGACAGCAAGUACAUUCCAGGCCUUAAAGGAGAUUGGUAGGAGAUUUCUUUAAACGAACGCAUGAUGUGCUUGAGAGGAAGAAGGAGGAAAAGUAGAGGCCCCAGCACAGAACCUUGAGGGACACCUUGGGUCAGAGAGGUGGUGGAGGACCUAAACUUGGGAGACGGCCACAGAGAAGGAACGCUUAGACAGAUAAGAGAAGAACCACACCAGAGUAGUUCCUGAUAGGCCUACCCAGUCUCUUCAGUAGCAGGUGAUGGUCAACAGUGUCAAAGGCUGCAGUCAGGUCCAGCAGGACCAGAACAGAACAGUCCCCUGCAUCACUGUGAGUCAGAAGGACAUUAGAGAUCCUAAAGAGCUGUUUCAGUAGAAUGAGCUCUACGAAAACCUGACUGGAAACUAUCAUAGAUGUUAUGUUCAUCAAGAGCAGCUGUGAGUUGUUUAGCCACAACCUUUUCCAAGACCUUUUAAUGGAUGUAAUUAUAUUAGAAAGGUUCAGCUAACUGUCUUUAACUUUUUAAUUUUUCUGCUCCAGGUGGAGGAAGUCAACACGUCCAAUCACACAUCAGACUCAGGUGGGAAAUUCCAGCUGCAUUAAGUAUUUCUAUUUAAUUUUUUUCUUAAUAGCCCUUUUUCUUAUCAUUACUGUGGUUGCUAGAUAAAUAUCCAGCUAUGUGGGUUUUAGUGAAACCCACAUAAAGUAUGUGAUGUAACAUCCUUCAGCAACCCACAUCGUCAUUUUUAUCUGUUGGUGUUCAGAAACAGCAGAUUCAAGGCGUGAAGGAAGAAAAAAGUAAUAUUUAUAGCAGCUUAUACAUUUUCUCCCCCACAUGGUUAUUUUGCAGAGUCUAGUUCUUGAAGAGCCCUCCAGUACAGCUGAACAUCAGGACAUCCAUUAUGGACGGAUUGACUUCUCCGUGCGUAGACCUACUACUGCGUUGGUGCAGGACGACACAGAUCAGCAGAACAUUGUGUAUUCACAAGUGAAGCUGAGUAAGACCCAAAGCAACAACCAAACACAGGCUACUAACGACAUCUACGCCCAAGUCCAGAAGAAAUGAGUUGAUACAACAAACAUUACACACAUACUGUAUCUCAUAUUUUAUGUGAGGUCUCCCUCACACUAUAGAGCCUUUAUUGCAAUGCCUUGAGGAGGUUAGAGUAUGGAUGUCCUCUAACGUCCUACAUUUUAAUGAGAAGAAGACUGAGGUUGAGAUUUUAGUUCCAGCAUGUCCACUGGUUCCAGUAAUAUUGACCUGGGACCACUGGCUCUCUUUCUGAGCUCUAUUGUGGCUAACCUGGAGGUAAUGAUAGACACUGACUUGGUUCUGGUCAGGCAGAUCAGUGCUGUGGUGAAAUCUAGUUUUUAUCAUCUGAGAAGGAUCGCCAAGGUUAAGAAUUUGCUUUUAAAACAGGAUUUUCAGAUGAUUAUUAAUGCUUUUGUUACAUCACAUCUUAACUCUUGUAAUUCUCUGUACCUUGCUCUUCUGAGAUCAGCAGAUUAGCUGCUUCUGGAAGUUCAGAGAAUGAAGCGCAAACUUAAGGGGGACAGGGCCUUUUCUGUGGCAGCUCCUCAGUGCUCCCAUCCAACACCGGACCCAUAACUGCGGACAUGAACAUCAACAAAGCAUCCAGUUCCUUAUUGUCAAGACACCCUCAUCUCCCCGCAUCCUAGGCCACUCCACCUUCAUGACCCUUGUAUCUCCUGGUCCUCUGGUCAGCUUCUAAACUGGAGCCCCAACUGCUGCCCCUGAUGUUUCACUACCAUCAACCCUCUAGUUGCAACUCACAAUCCAGGAAGUCCCAAUCUGGACACCUUUCCUUCCCAGUACAUGACCUUGCCCAGGUCUUAGAUAAACCAUGGGCCACAACCUUUCCACCUCAUCGCCACUAUGAUAUGGAAAUCAAACUUCAACCGGGAACUGUGCCACCACAUGGCUGUUUCUUCUCCCUUUCUCCUGCUGAGACCCAGGGCAUGAACCAAUAUGUCACAGAGGCCCUCCAACAAGGCUUCAUUCAUCAGCAACGUCUCCAGGGGCAGCUGGGUUUUUCUUCGUUAAGAUGGAUGGGGAUCUCCACUCUUGCAUUAACUAUUGAAGACUCAAUAAAAUCACCAUCAAAGAUCAUCACCCACCACCACUGACGGUCACCGCUCUUUCACUAAGCCUGACCUGCGGAGUGCAUACACCUGGUGCGCAUUAAAGUGAGAUGAAUGGAAGGCCGCUUUUAUACCACCCACCGGCUAUAGGGAGCCUAAGUCCCUUCCGCAUCAUAGAACGAAAAAAAUGAAUGCAAGUCAACGAGGCUAAAAACGCUGUUUUCUAAUCCGCUCCUUAGACCCUGGAUCACACAAAUGUUGUACUACAAGUUAAAUGAAAAGUAACGACGAGUGUUUCGAACAUGCCAGUCACGUACUUUGAGAUUUAAUAGCAUGUAAAAGUUUGUAAUUUGCAUGACUACAAACUAGAAAUCGGCACGUCACAUAUGUGACGUCACCACAUAAUCUCCUCUUCCCUAACGUAGCUGCUACUUACCAAAUGACCAGAUUUAUGAAGGGUUCUUUCAUACUGUGGGAUGUUUGCUGAACUUACAGCCCUUUUCUCUCAGUUUUCUCCGUGUCUGGUUUGAUGACGUCACUUUUGUGAAGCGCAUUUGUAGUCCUAGACUUAUUUUCACACAAAACCUAAAAUAUCGUUCCCCCCGUUCGAAAAUAAGCGUGUUCUUGGUAUCAAAAUGCGUCUUUAAAAUUCACAGACAUCAUAUGUGAAAUCCAUGGCACAAAACAAGCAGAAUUAGAAAAUAGCGGUUUUAGCCCCAUUGACUUGCAUUCAUUUUUUCGUUCUUCCGGGGACCCAUGAUGCAGAAGUGACUUAGGCUCCCUAUCGGGAGCACCAGGUCAUUCCCUUUGGUCUGUACUACAGUCCCACCAUCCACAUCCAGCACACAAAACCGCUCGGCCCGUCAAGCCUGCUAGGCCCUCUUCUUUGAGUCCUAAAAUUUUCAACUAGCCUACUGACCUGGUUCCAAGAACCACAAAGCUGAUGACCACUCCUGGCAGUUCACUCCUUCAGUCCUGUCUCCUGACCCAGGUCCCAUCCAGCUGUCUCCCCGCUCUGGCUCACGGAGAUGUUUCAUCUCGGCCCAGCCCUCACUCUGGCCUCAUUAUCUCUGGGUGGAGUUAUCAGGUUCCUGCAGCUCAGACUCUGGUCGGACGGUGUCCCAUGGUCUGGAUCAAGGCACAAGCCACCAUCCCUGUGUCAACACCCAAUAUGCCCACCAGUACCGUCUCUGUUCCUCACCCUCCUACCAGCCUGGGUACAAGGUUUGGCUGUCAAUUACCAACCUACACUUGUGAACCGAGUCCAGGAAACUCCCGCCCAAAUUCAUUGGUCCCUACAUCUUUGAAUGAAAGAUCAACCCUGUCACAAUCUGCCUCCGUCUGCCUGCCUACCUCAAAAUCCACUUAGUCUUCCAUGUCCCCAAAUUUGAGCCACAAUCUGACUCUUUGUUGGCACUGCCGCCUGCUCAGCCUCUGCUACUUUAUGGAUGGCAACUGGGUUUACACAGUGUCACGCAUCCUGGACGUCCGUCGUCAGGGCCGAGGCUAGAAAUAUUUGGUUGACUAGGAGGGCUGAAGGACUGAGGAUCACUCUUGGGAACUGGCUCACUCCUUCCUAGACCUCUCCCUUUUCACAGAUUUUCACUUCCGCCAACAGUGUGCUACUAAGGUCACCUAUUUAGUGCCGGAGGGGUUACUGUCAGGAACUCCAUCAUUCAUCGCCUAAGCAUCCCACAAAUUAUCCACAUUAUCACAAUCCACUAUAAAAUUAGGUCAACUCAAACCAAUCAUCACUCAGUUCAA